ACGCUAAUGGACUCCACCACGGCGACGGCAGAGCUGGGCUGGACAGUGCAUCCUCCCUCAGGGUGGGAAGAGGUGAGCGGAUACGACGAGAACAUGAACACGAUCCGGACGUACCAGGUGUGUAACGUCUUUGAGUCCAAUCAGAACAACUGGCUGCGGACCAAGUACAUACGGAGGAGAGGAGCUCACCGCAUCCACGUGGAGAUGAAAUUUUCCGUCCGGGACUGCAGCAGCAUCCCAAACGUUCCCGGUUCCUGCAAGGAGACCUUCAAUCUCUACUACUUCGAAUCUGACUUUGACUCGGCCACCAAGACUUUUCCCAACUGGAUGGAGAACCCCUGGGCAAAGGUGGACACCAUUGCGGCUGAUGAGAGCUUCUCCCAGGUGGACCUGGGUGGCCGCGUGAUGAAGAUCAACACCGAGGUGCGCAGCUUCGGGCCGGUCUCUAAGAAUGGAUUCUAUCUGGCGUUCCAGGACUAUGGGGGCUGCAUGUCCUUAAUCGCUGUCCGGGUCUUCUACCGCAAGUGCCCCCGAGUGAUCCAGAACGGGGCCGUGUUUCAGGAGACGCUCUCGGGAGCAGAGAGCACUUCGCUGGUGGCGGCCAGGGGGUCGUGCAUUACCAACGCAGAGGAGGUGGAUGUCCCCAUCAAGCUGUACUGCAAUGGGGACGGGGAGUGGCUGGUGCCCAUUGGACGGUGCAUGUGCAAGGCUGGCUACGAAUCGGUGGAGAACGGGACCGUCUGCAGAGGCUGCCCAUCGGGGACGUUUAAGGCCAGCCAAGGGGACGAAGGGUGCAUUCACUGCCCAAUUAACAGCAGGACAACUUCGGAAGGGGCCACCAACUGCGUGUGCCGAAAUGGAUAUUACCGGGCAGACUCCGACCCCCUGGAUAUGCCGUGCACCACCAUCCCGUCCGCCCCCCAGGCCGUGAUCUCCAGUGUGAACGAGACGUCGCUGAUGCUGGAGUGGACCCCACCCCGGGACUCCGGGGGCCGCGAGGACCUGGUGUACAAUAUCAUCUGCAAGAGCUGCGGCUCGGGGCGCGGCGCCUGCACCCGCUGUGGGGACAACGUGCAGUUCUCCCCACGCCAGCUGGGCCUGACAGAGCCCCGCAUCUACAUCAGUGACCUGCUGGCCCACACCCAGUACACCUUUGAGAUCCAGGCCGUGAACGGGGUCACCGACCAGAGCCCCUUCUCCCCACAGUUUGCCUCAGUCAAUAUCACCACCAACCAGGCCGCCCCUUCUGCUGUGUCCAUCAUGCACCAGGUCAGCCGGACGGUGGACAGCAUUACCUUAUCGUGGUCUCAACCUGACCAGCCCAACGGAGUCAUCCUGGAUUAUGAGCUGCAAUACUUUGAGAAGGAUCUGAGUGAAUUCAAUGCCACAGCAGUGAAGAGCCCCACCAACACCAUGACUGUGCAGAACCUCAAAGCCGGCACCAUCUAUGUCUUCCAGGUGCGGGCACGCACCGUGGCCGGCUACGGCCGCUACAGUGGCAAGAUGUACUUCCAGACCAUGACCGAAGCUGAGUACCAAACCAGCGUCCAGGAGAAGCUGCCGCUCAUCAUCGGCUCCUCCGCAGCGGGUCUGGUGUUCCUCAUUGCCGUGGUCGUCAUCAUCAUUGUGUGCAACAGAAGACGGGGCUUCGAGCGAGCCGACUCUGAGUACACUGACAAGCUGCAGCACUAUACCAGUGGCCACAGUACGUACCGCGCACCCGUGCCUGGCCUGGGGGUCCAUUCCUUCUUCGUGACUCCGGGAAUGAAGAUUUACAUUGACCCCUUCACCUAUGAAGACCCCAAUGAGGCCGUCAGGGAAUUUGCAAAGGAAAUCGACAUCUCUUGUGUCAAAAUUGAGCAGGUGAUCGGAGCAGGGGAGUUUGGGGAAGUGUGCAGUGGGCACCUCAAGCUGCCUGGCAAGAGAGAGAUCUUUGUGGCCAUCAAAACGCUGAAGUCGGGUUAUACGGAGAAGCAGAGACGGGACUUCCUGAGCGAGGCCAGCAUCAUGGGGCAGUUCGACCACCCCAACGUUAUCCACCUGGAGGGGGUGGUCACCAAGAGCGCCCCUGUCAUGAUCAUCACCGAGUUCAUGGAGAAUGGCUCCCUGGACUCCUUUCUCCGGCAAAACGAUGGGCAGUUCACUGUGAUCCAGCUGGUGGGCAUGCUGCGGGGCAUCGCCGCGGGCAUGAAGUACCUGGCCGACAUGAACUACGUGCACCGGGACCUGGCUGCCCGCAACAUCCUCGUCAACAGCAACCUGGUCUGCAAGGUGUCCGACUUCGGCCUGUCCCGCUUCCUGGAGGAUGACACCUCGGAUCCCACCUACACCAGUGCGCUGGGUGGGAAGAUCCCGAUCCGGUGGACGGCGCCUGAAGCAAUUCAGUAUAGGAAAUUCACCUCAGCCAGCGACGUGUGGAGCUACGGCAUAGUCAUGUGGGAGGUGAUGUCCUAUGGGGAGCGGCCCUACUGGGAUAUGACCAAUCAAGAUGUGAUAAAUGCGAUAGAGCAGGAUUAUCGGCUGCCCCCUCCCAUGGACUGCCCCAACGCCUUGCACCAGCUAAUGCUCGACUGCUGGCAGAAGGACCGGAACCACAGGCCCAAAUUCGGGCAGAUUGUCAACACGUUGGACAAAAUGAUCCGAAACCCCAAUAGCCUGAAAGCCAUGGCACCCCUCUCCUCCGGGAUUAACCUCCCUUUACUGGACCGCACAAUCCCCGAUUACACCAGUUUCAACACAGUGGAUGAAUGGCUGGAUGCCAUCAAGAUGGGCCAGUACAAGGAGAGCUUUGCCAGUACUGGCUUUGCCACCUUUGACGUGGUGUCACAGAUGACCAUGGAGGACAUUCUGCGAGUCGGGGUCACUUUAGCAGGCCAUCAGAAGAAAAUUCUGAACAGUAUCCAGGUGAUGCGAGCACAGAUGAAUCAGAUCCAAUCUGUGGAGGUUUGAUGUUCACACGUCCUCACACUCCUCUUCCUCAAGGCCCUUCUCCCCUUUGCCCCCGUACGUCCGAGCUCCAGUUCUUGAGUGUUCUGCAUUCACCAGAGACAGGCAGCUGCUCUAAGGAUCGUGGCAACAGGAAGCAACAUCCUGACAACAAAAAGUUGCCAAGAGCUUCUAGAAUUUAAGCAAUGGAAAAAAGGGAACAAGGAAGACAAAUAUUUUGGGAAAACUAUGAAAUAUUUUUUAAAAAUAAGAAUAAUAAAGCAUUUUCAAAAAGGGCUCUGAGAUCCACAGGAGUCUCCAAAGGGAGAUAAAAGAGCAGAUCCUUUCAUUUCCUUCUUGCACAAGGCUGCUUCAGCAGGCCUCAGACACCUCUGGAGCAAAGAGACUUUGUCAAGGAGAUGAAAGCCAAGUGAAGCCACGGGAAGCGCUCCUCCUUUUCUCCCUUGGGAUGGUGACUCUGGGGACAUCCUGCAGCCAGCAGUCGUCCCCGAAAGCCCCCAGCUGGCGAAUCACAGGGGGAGGAGAGAGCUGAGAAGUUCUUGCCGUGUAAUGGACCAAGCGCAUCUGUAAAGUGGCAAACUUUUGCAAACCUGAAGAUUUUUGUAAAAUAAACAAACUGAGACGAGAAGAGUCUUUUUUCCUGCAGAUGAGAAGGAACCUUGAACCCAUUGGGAGUGGGGGAUGGGGAAACCAAUCCUUUUUAGAGCUCUUAUUUUCUCUUGCCAUGGAACGGUUUAGUGAGUGACGCAUUUUCCAGGGGUCUGCCCAUCCAGCCCUCCAAUGGCAUCAUUGUCUCAUACAUAUCAUAUGCACAAGACUUUUAGUGAUCGCCUCACUAGUUGCCAAUGACCUUUUCUCAGAAGACUUCCCAAGUACAGUAUGUAGUAGUUUUUGAUUACAAAUGCUGACGUGUCCAUUUAUUUUUCUGUUGUCGUUGUUUGGAGAUUUGUCCUUUGACUUUGUUUGUUUACAACAAUUUGUGGCUUGGGGGAUGGAUUUUGUUUUUUGGUUGGUUGGUUGGGUUUUUUUAUGAAAAGGAACUGACAUUUCCAGGCUUCGGAUCUCUCAAGAACUUGAACCUUCUCCCUGUGGAAGGAGAAUUGCAGCUUACCGACUAGACAAUACGCCAAGGGCAAGAGUUUUUAUAUUCACGUUUCCUCCUCUUUGCUCGUUUGUUAUUUUGUAAUUUCCAUUGCCUCACAGCUGUUUAUAACUGCCGUGUGUCCGGCUGAAAUAACCACCUGCCCAGCUGGGGCUGCUGCUGCAGGGCGAGGCAGGGUUACGGAGGUUUUGUGGAUGGGGAAAGAGGGGUCAUUUCACAGGUCAUGAUCAGAGCCCUUUGGAGACGCAGGACUGUUUAGAGCCCUACCAGCUGUGACAAAAGAAGAUGUGGUGCAUGCAGCAGAGAGAGGGAGGGGGGAUGCACUACGGGCAGCAGCCAGUAUCCUGCGUAAGGUUUCUCAGAGUAGGGACGCUGUCCCAGGCCAGGGUGUAAAUCAUUCACUGUGAUACCUAACGCCAUACACUCAGAUGCUCACCCCCUGCCUCAGGAGGUGCUUGAUGUGCCAAAGGUUUCGUUCUCAGCUGCCACAUCUAGGGGAGGCCGAAACAGCAAACGCUGGCUGGCCAAGGGCGCCACAGCAGGCAGGUCCCUCUCCAGGCCAAACCAGGCAGUCAGGGGGGUUAUAAAGAACUGACGUAAAGGCUUUAGUUACAGAACAAUCCCCGGUACUUGGACAUACCACUGGACAAAUCGGAGGGCAGGGCAAGAGAGCAAACGCUUGGAUUUGCUCUUGUAGCUUUCAUCACCCUGUGUCCUUCUGGGCAUGUGCGGUGUCACUCGGCGUUCCUCGGGCUGCGUCAUUCGAACAGGAACACCUUUGCUUGGCAGUGGCACAGGGCCUUGAAGACGUGUUCGCAGGGAGCUGCUCUUGGUUAUUUUCCAGUGGCUAACGCCAAAAGGGCAAAGCAUGUGCUGUGGAUAGAACCCUAUGUGCGGCGUACCCUCCUGGGCCACGCAAGCUUACACCGGAGUCUUUAUAAAAUAUGUCAAGCCCUGUACAAAAUACUUAACGUUUUCCCCUUAAGAUUUGACCGGGAGACAAAACAUGGCUGAGAGACAGGUCGCGGUGAGCUUUGGGGCACCCCUCUGCUUAGCUCUGUUCUCUCUGGUGUGUUUGGUGCACAGCUACCGCAGCGGGAGCCUGAAAUGCCAAGUCUGCCUCUCAAGGGUCCGUUCGUCUGAAAUGUGUCUAGAUACUGGGCCUGGUUUUUACAUGGCCUGACGGCCAAACAGUCACUGGAAUUCUGGGGACCUCUGUAACUGGGCCGUGCUGUGGCCUGGGGUCCAUAGUUCUCAGUGGCCUCAGUGUCCAUUCAGAGCAAGCACUCUGAAAUGAAUGGCACUGCUCCAGAUUUCACUGGGAGCAGAAUUUGGCCCAGUCUCUGAUGAUUGGGGUGAGAAACGCCAGGCGUUCUGUAGGCUCCUGGGGGUCCGGGGGUGUCAGCUGGCCGCACUGCGUUCUGAUGCACAGUCAAGUCAGUCUUUAUGUGUGUAUUCCACUGCGGUGUGUGUAAACUGGCCCUGUGUUUGACAAGCACCGUACCUGAUAACGGUGUGGUCUAGCUGUACAGGAUUGGCACACAAGAGACAGUGGUGUCAGCUGGAGCAUUCCUAGUGUUUGCCGGGGGCGUACUGGGAAAAUGGAGGCCUCCCUACACAGUCUAUAAUAGAUGGGUGAGCAGAGCAGCAGAGAGAAAUGCUUUCAUGCUGCAUCUCUCUCUUCCACUGCAAGUGCUACAUUUUAACACGGGAGAGCUCCUCAGUGUCGCCCAAGGGUAUCGGACGAGGCUGCUCAGUGCCAGCCCCGGGGGACGGGCGCACAGGGCUGUACUGCGUCGUAUAGCCAUAGCCAACCAGAUGCUUUGUGCACAAGGAAAGCUUUUGAGUGCGAGGAGAGCUGCCUUUGUAGAAAACCCACCAGCAAAUUCCAGUGGGGCAACCAUCUGGAAUGAUCACAUGAUGCGCUUGCAUGGUCUUUCCCAGACAAUGCUUGACUGUUCUGUGCCACCCAUUACAUGCUUCCAUGAACUCAGUAGGAGUGGUGGCCAAGCUGCAGCCCUCAGAGUCGGUGACCUUCGGACAGGGCUCUGGGAAGAACUUAUGAUCGUGUCCACUGGACAAUGUUCUAUCUUGAUGCACUAAACCUGCUCUUCGCCAGCCAACUGGCGUUAUACGCAUCUAACUGCCUGACCCCACCCACUGUGAAAGAAGGGAUUGUACAGAGCAGUGGAUGCCGUAGUUGGCAUGGCUGUGGCAGCCAAAGGUGCAUCUUCAUAUCUUCCCCAGACCAAAAAUCACACGUCGUCAAUCCAAGAAGAGCAUGUUUUCUAGUCUGUUAACACCAGGCGUCACUGUGACAGCUUACCUGGGACUCGCGGAGAAUGAGACAGAAAUGGAAAGAACUAAUAAUGCACCACUUCUCUCUGCAGCUCUCCAGCUCUUCCUGAGGACGUGAGGAGCCACUGUCCAAUGUUCCUCACCCUCCCUUUGCCUGGUAAUGCUUCUGGAGUUAGGGUCUGCUCCUAGGAAAGCAGAGAGCCACCGGGGUGAUUUCAAAACAAUUGCAUUUCAUGGGUGUAAAACAUACUCUUAUGAAACAUGCUUCUAGUGGCAAAAAUCAGCUUCAUACAGAGAGCAGGUAACAAGUGAAAAAGUAAUGUGGACACUGUGACACAAUGUGGGGGUCUGUGUGUGUGUGUGUGUGUGUGUGUGUGUGUCUUUUAGCAAUUUCAUCUUGCUGAGUUUGUCAGUCAGCUUGUUGGAAUUUUGGCUGUUCCCCUCCAGCCGUCCAGCCCAGCUUCCAGAUCUAGGGUUUUCUUCCUCCAGCUUUUUACAGUCCAUCUUCCGGCUGCUGGAGCCCACCUUGCAUCAGUAAUGAUGGUGUCUGGCAGGAGAACUUAAGUUGGAAUUCCAAAGUUAUGUUGAAAAUAGCAAUAAAAAAAGUCAAGCAAUGACCCACCUGUGGUGUAGAUACCACGACUGAGCAGCAAGGACCAGAAAGAGUAGGAUGGAGGGUGCCGGUGGCAGCGUACCAGAAUCCCAAGGGUGUCAUAUUUAACAAGUAACUCAUAGCUUUCACCUCCAGCCCUGUAAGUCGAAUUAAUGGCCAAGAGCUACUUUGGAGUAAAAGAAAAAUAAACUCGGAAGCACUUUCUUUAUAGCUCUGCCAUGAACACUUGCUUCCUCUCUGCCGCAGUGGAGGAUGGAGAUAUAGGGGCCGUUGGGGUUCGCCAUUCAGGGAUUCAUCUUUUUGUCUCAUGUCUCAAAGAUAAGAAACUGUGGGUCUCAAUUGCUGUCAAUAGUCCAAACACCAUUGAAAUCAAAGGGGUUGUGCCAACUUACGCCAGCUGGGGAGCUGCUCAAUUAGGUUAUGUAUUCUGAGCACUCCCCCACAAGUAGUGACCAGUAACUUCCAGUACUAGUGCAGCCUGCGUGGGGCACCCCCAGGAGCUGGGUGCCUGUUGCUCACAACAGCAUUCAUUCAUUGCAUAGUGGUGUGGAAGCAGAGAGAGAACUGUCAUGCAUUGCAUCCCCUUCCUGUCAGUUCUUUCUCUGCUUCCACAGUGGUAGCAGCUAAUUGUCGUAGUGCACAAGUCAAAGGGCUUGUUCCCGCUCUCCCUUACACUUGUACACUAGGGUAGUCCUGGUGGCUUCACUGGACUAGCUCAGAUUCACACCAGCAUAAGCAAGAGGAGAACCAUUUGCAGUAGAGCAUGUAACGUAAUCACCAGUGCAAGGCAAAGAGGAAAGCAGUGAUCACCUUGUCACUUACACAGUCAUUGCAUGGGAAACUAUUGUAGAAGAUCACAGUCUAGCUGAGAUGGCAGGAGUCACCCGCGAGGCCGGACCCAUCUAGAGUGUAAAACAGAGCCGGGGAAGAGGGAGGAAAUCACCAGUACAGGGUUGUUCCAAAGGUGAGGCAUUUUUACAGCUAAAGGGAAGGGGCUGUUUUAUCGAUGUUUGGUCCUAAAUGUGGCAGGAACGCAUCCACCCAUAUUGCAGUCCAUCUCUUGGGUCUGGGCUGCUCUGCCAGCAACAAUGGAUCACGUCUGCUGUGAGGUUACCUUCAUAAUCAUCUCCCCAGCAACCAGCAGGUGCUGCGGCGCGAAAGUUGCUGCUGACUUGGGGGAGUGGGGUGAAUGAUGAUGAUGCAAGAUUCUUUCUCACACUGUUGUCCUUAGUAACAAAUAAUGCGGGGAGAGAACUACAGGAAACCACCAGGGCAGGGUGACAAGCGAUUUGGAAUAUUUCCUAGGUCGUCUCUGGGGAGUGGAGGGAUGAAAGAUGGUCAAGGAGGCAAAGCCUGUCCUUCACCCAUCACACAGUAUCGCCACUGCCUGAGAGACGGUCAAAGCGCAGCCCCUGGCGUGGGUUGGUGGCAUGAGCCCAUGUUUGCCUCUGUCCUGUUGUAACCUGCAGCUCCGGGCAUGGAAAUGCAAAGCGAGGCCUUGGCGGGAUUCCUGAGUGAAGCAAGAGGUGGCACGGUCAGUCUGUGUGUGGCCUCCCUGGGGCUGGUCUGAGCCAGGGGCCAAGCCCAGAGGGGUGAGGAGAGGGGUUGUAUUAUCAUUGUGUCUCUGAUUGCUGCACACAAAUAUUUUCCUUUGGAAUAGCUCUGGGUGUGCUUGUGCAGAGACCCCAUGCGGGGGAGCAUUAGAGAGCCCACAAACAACGUCCCGCGAGCUCCACGUAGCGAACCAGCUGCAGGCAGCGCCCCCGUCUGGCUGGUUCACGCAGGAAAUGCUGCGCUGUCCUGCAGGACAUGAUGGACUCAGUGUGCCUCAGGCUCACCCUGCCAGCCGGGGAGAUUUGAAGGCUCCAGGCCUGGAUGCUGGGUGGUGGUGAGUGCUGGGGUGGAACUGUGAGCUCUGAUCUACCCCUGCCCCCAGAGCAAUCCGGACCUGGGUUUGCCGACUGCUCGGAACAAAGUUCCUGGUUACCUGGGAACAAAUCAUCCCUUCGUGUUGUGGGGGAGGAGCCAGUGGGAUUGGGAAGGAGGAGUUAGGGGACUCCUCGUAGGGGGUCACUUCUCCCAGAUCCCAUCUGCAGCAUCCUGCAAGGUGCUGUGCGAUAGAGCAGGGAAUUGGUGCUGCAUACCUCCUACUCCUCCAGGGUGAAGGCUGGUGGCGUUACAUCCCCAGGCACUUUCCUGCAUUUCCUUUUAGCUUUGACUGGUCCUGCUGCUGGGCAGAGUCUGAACUCCCCGUCCCCAUCUGCCCCUGUCAUCACUCCAGCCAGCCCAGCGCCUGAGGUGCUACAGAGCUGGGUGAGGAGCCCUCCUUCAGUCAUGCUGCAAAGCCCUUUGAGGUCCUGCUGGGCCUGGCGCUGGGAGCCGUGGGUGGGAACAAACCUCGAGCUUUAAACUGUGUUGCCAGCUCAUGAGUUCAUUGCGAGUCUCACAAUAUCUGGGUUUUUUUUUUAAAGCCCCAGCUUCUGGAGUGCUGGGAUUAUGAGAGAAUCUGGGCUUUCCUAACAACAAAACCAAAAACAAAGGUGCAAUUCCUAGCUCUUAUCUGUGGAGAAGCAUUGUGACAGGUCACCCUAAAGCCAUGGAGAGAGACCCCAAAAAGCUGUGAAAGGGGACCUCAAAGGCGCCCUGCUAGCAGGCAGACACAGACCCAGCACUGAGCAUUUAUUCUAAUCUCAGGAUUGCCUAGGGCCCAUCUCAUGAACUUUGACCACUUGGGACUGGCAAUGCUACACCAGCAACUGGGACAGGUGAGCUCCAUCUGGGACCAUAGUGCCCAAGGGAUUUGGGCAGGGAGGGUGGGGCACCCCCAGGGAGCAGGUAGCCCGGGGCCCCCAAGCAGGCAUAAAGUGGGUCUGGUAGGAAAGGGGUUUUUAUUUUAUGUUUUUAAGGAAAUAAUUUCUAAGGGAUGAAGGCCAGUCUGAGUGUGGGGGGGGCUCCCGGUCAGGGAAGGGGCGAGCAAUUCAGAGUGGCACCCUCCACCCCCAGCCAUUCAGACGUGUCCAGUAGAACUAUGCCAGGGGCUGCUGUGCUCUCCUAGGCUGGGUAAAGCCGGACAACAACAUUCAAUUAAACUUUUUUCCAUUGAAUAAUCGAAUGCUCCAAGGAAACGUAUUGAAAUGUUGUUGGGAAGGUUUCUCGGCUCCAGGGUGUAGCUGGAACUGAAAGCGAGUGAGAGACCUACCCCAGAGCAGCCAGUGCCCCUCAUCUAGCAGCCGGGAGAAUCAGGCAGAACUGGGGUUUGAAAACAGCUGUUCCACAGCCCAAUCAAGUCCCCAACUGCCAUUUUAGAAGGGGCUUAUCUACAGUCAGAAUUGGAAUGAAACCAACAUUCGAACCCUCAAAAUGUCUUGCAAAGCGGAGUGGUUUUCUGGCCAGGCCAGUGUCUGAGGCUAAACAUGAGUCUGGCUUCUCUGGGGCUGAUCCUCUGGCACUGAGCUCACUGCAGCUCUGGAACCAGCUCCAAACUUCUCUCUGCCUUGGUCCAUUUCUCUUUGUGGCCUCUCCUCCCUUUCUAGAGCUACCACAGAGCACACUGGUGUUGAUGCACACAGCUAGGAAAGCAGAUGGAAGAGUGAAGCCAGGUUGCUUUACCCCGAACCAUAGUAGCGUCCAUGCUCCAGCUCCCUGCGCUGCCCAUUGUCUCUGGGAGCAAGUUGCCCUGGAGGACGGGUCUGCAAGGAAGCCCAAAGGGGUGUCGGGAUAGCAGGGCUGAUGCAGCUUAUUAUUAUUUUAAAUAUUAUGCACCUGUGGGCCCUCCCCAGCCAGUGCUAUCCCAGCCAACUUGCAAACAGUGACCCGUGUUCUCGGGGGGGGGGGGGUUCUUGAGCACUCCCAGCUCUGUAACGUGGGCUCCUCCUGCGUGACCACAGCACAGUUAAGCCCCCUUGCUUCCCCACCACUCAGUCAGGAGCAGUGUGCGGGGAGCAAACGUGCAGCAGGACUUGGUUAGUCCCAGCGUGAAGGAGAUCUGCAAUUCCAACCCUGGGGUCAGGCCCUGCAUGCUCUUUACUGUGGGAUUGGUCAGUGGAAAGGGCAACUUGCAGGUCGAGCAAAGAAGCACAAUCUGAGUGUAUUUUCUGGAAGUGAUGCAAUCAGUUCCCUGAGCCCAGGAGAGUAGGGUGAAGUGAGAGUGAUUUAGUAGUUAAACCUAGGAUAGGUGUUAGGUACCCUGGGUCUUGUCUCGGCUCUGUGACCUCGUGCAAGUCAUUUCUCCUCCCUGUGCCUCAAGAGUGCAUUGAGCGUAGUUAAUUAAUAAUGUUCUUCGCCAUCCUCCAUUAGAUGCUUUAGAAAGGCAGAAUAUUGUACUAAGAGCCUUGACUUGCUUUGUAGCAACCGUCUUCUAGACAUGAGCACCUUACUUGGAGCAGCCACAAUUCCUGCUGACGCCGAUGAGAGCUGGGUUUCAAUGCGCCUCUCAGGGUGAGGCCGUCAGACUUGUCUUGAAUGGUCCCCAGCCAGUAUUGUGGGCUCCAGAGGGCGUCAUUGUUCUCUGGGGUACAGGUGAGGAGCUCAGUGAAGGUGAGCAAUAAUUAUGAACCUCAAGACCUCGGUGUAACGUAGAUGAGGCUGGGUUGGGCGACUCAACGUCCUUUUCUACAGCACUAGACCCAGUCUCAUGUCUCAGUACGCGUCUGAGAAACCGCAGAGAGCAAACGUUGCUCUCCAUUUACCAGAAAGGCAGCUAUUGCAACCAAUAUCACUCCAGCAGGAUCUGCUGCUGGACUUCUGCACCCAGAGCCAGGGUCAGCAAUGCAGAGGGGAAACGACCCGCCCUCAUAUAAAGAAAUCCUUCAAUGCACAUCUAGAUAACACCGUAGGGAGGCGAAGAGCCACUCAGUAGUUGAAAGGAUGGCUGAGUGUAAUAGCAAUGCCUCUGCUUGCCUGUUAGCAUCUACCUUCAGGAGAUGCUUCAGUAUGGUCCAUACUAUGCGGGAGACUUUCCCUUUCAAAGAGGUGCUGAGUAGCUCUAACCCGGGAUAUGUUUGAAAGGCUUACGAAGAGGUGCUGACAUUAGUCCGGAAUAAGGUGUUUGUGGCUGAAAGUCCCGUUUUGCUGUGUUCCUAGUUCAUCUGUUGGCUCACAAGGUGGUUAAUAGUCUUCGUUUCAUCACAGACCCUCAUGGCUCGGUGUGUGAAGCCCGCAUUGGGAGGGAAAGGGACCCUUUGCCCAAGACAAGUAACUAAUCAGUGUUCCAUCUGCUCAUUAGCCACCCAACAUUUGCCUCAUGGAUUGACCUGGUUAUCUGGUGGGCCCAAGGAGGGUCCCAAUCCUGAUUACCUGCUCUGUCUUGCCCUGUACAUUGGCUGUGGCCCUGUGGACAAUGUAAUGCUUUUCAUGACAGUAUUUGUAUUUUUUUAAACGUGAAUGGGGAGAUAGCGUGCAGGUCCUUGUAACGCAGGGGUGUGUGUCUUCCAUUCCGACCAGGGCUUCCCCUGGCGCCGUCAAACAUCUUUGGAUGUUACUCAGAUAAAAUAAAAUAAAUCGGAUGUAUUUAUAAACGAAACAGAAACCUGCUGCUCCAAUGCCUUUGUAGGAGUAUUUUUAACAAAACAUUUUUUCAAAAUAAAUGUGAAUUGUAACGUUU